UACUAUGGCAAGGGAACGCUGGAGGUACACACACGAAGUAACAAGAGACUCUGGCACAAGACAAUGGGAGGACGAGACAUUUAUACACAUGAGGGAGUGUGACACAGGCGGCUGUAACUUCGAGGACUCGUACAGCAGUUGUGGCUACAGUGUCUCUCUGGGAACCAAUGGCUUCACCUGGGAACAAGUGGGCUCAUGGGAAAAGCCCACCACGGACCAUAACAUACAUCCAGGUGGCUUCAUGGCGGUGAACGCGUCAGGCCGGGCGUCCGGACAGAGGGCGCACCUGUACAUGCCCAAGCUGAAGGAGAACGACACUCACUGCAUCGACUUCCUCUAUUCGCUCUCCAGCCGGGACGGCGCCAGCCCGGGCACACUCAAUAUCUACAUCAAGGUGAACGGCGGCGCCCAAAGCAACGCAGUGUGGAACGUAUCGGACACUGUCACCGAUGGUUGGGCGAAGGCUGAGCUCGCCAUCUCCACCUUCUGGCCCAACUCCUACCAGGUAAUAUUUGAAGCUGUUUCAGUCCAGGGCCAUCCGGGUGUCAUCGCCAUUGACGACAUCCGAGUUCUAGCUCAUCCGUGCAGGAAGGCGCCACACUUCCUGCGUCUCCAGAACGUGGAGGUGAACGUGGGCCAGAACGCCUCGUUCCAGUGUACGGCCGGAGGAAAGUGGUCUCAGCACGACAAGCUUUGGCUGCAGCAGUGGAACGGGAAGGACACGGCACUCAUGGUCACCCGGGUGGUCAACCACAGACGCUUCUCGUCCACCGUCAGCGUGGGCGACACGUCGCAGCGCAGCACCAGCCGCUAUCGCUGUGUCAUCCGUACAGAAGGAGGCUCGGGAGUGUCCAACUACGCCGACCUCAUCGUCAAAGCUCCACCUACUCCCAUUGCUCCACCUGAGCUCCUGGCGGUGGGCGCCACCUACCUAUGGAUCAAACCCAACGCUAACAGCAUCAUCGGCGACGGGCCUAUCAUCCUGAAGGAGGUGGAGUACCGCACCACCUCGGGAAACUGGGCCGAGACCCACGUGGUGGACGCCCCCACUUACAAGCUUUGGCACCUGGACCCCGAUGUGGAGUAUGAGAUCAAGGUCCUGUUGUCCAGACCCGGAGAAGGAGGGACAGGUCCCCCUGGACCGCCGCUGGUCACCAGGACCAAAUGUGCAGAUCCGGUCCACGGUCCCCAGAGCGUCAAUGUCGUGGAUGUCCGGGCGCGUCUGUUGACCAUACAGUGGGAGACGUUUGGCUACGCCGUAACACGCUGUCACAGCUACAAUCUGACGGUGCAGUACCAGUACGUCUUCAACCAGCAGGAAUUUGCGGCCGAGGAGCUCAUCCAGACGUCAUCGCGCUACACCCUCAGGGACCUGAGGCCCUUCGUCACGGUGCGACUGCGGCUGGUUCUGGCCAACCCCGAGGGCAGCAAAGAGAGCGAGGAGAUCGUUAAGCAAACGGAGGAGGACGUGCCUGGCUCGGUGCCCAUGGAGUCCCUGCAGAACACGCCUUACGAGGAAAAGAUCUUCUUACAGUGGAAGGCUCCCAAUGAGACCAACGGGAUCAUCACACAGUACGAGAUUACUUACAAAGGUCUGAGCUCGUUGGACCCCAGCGCAGAUCUAACCACCCAAUGGGGGAAGGUGACCAAGCCCACCAACGAGACCCAUCACCUGUUUGUGGCUCUCUACCCGGGGACUACCUACUUCUUCACGCUCAAAGCCUCCACCAACAAAGGCGCCGGCCCACCUGUCACCACGCGCAUCACUACCAAGAUAGCAGGUAAGAAGACCUCCAACCCCACGAUGCCCAAGUAUGAGUCUGAGGCGCCGCUGAACGAGACCGAGUCAACCAUAACCGUCUUGCUCAAGCCCGCCAAGUCUCGCGGAGCGCCCAUCAGUUUCUACCAGCUUGUCGUUAAAGAGGAGCGCAAGUCCAAGGCCCGCCGCGCCGCCUCCGAGGCCCCCGAGUGCUUUGCCGCCCCCUUCAGCAUCCGCAACGCCUCCGUCUUGAACUCACCGUACUACAUGGCGGCCGAGUUGCCGCCGUCGAGCCUGACCAUGGUGCAGCCCUUCACGGUGGGAGACAACAAGAGCUACGGCGGCUUCUGGAAUCCUCCACUGUCCCCCGCCAAGAGCUACAGCAUCUACUUCCAGGCCGUGAGCAGAGCCAGCGGGGAAACCAAAAUCAACUGCGUGCGUCUGGCUAACAAAGUGGUGAUAGGUAGGGGACAAAUAACCACGCCGUACAUUCUAGUCAUCCCAAGCGAAGGCGCGUCCACGCAGGACUCGGACGCCAUCGAGCCCGAGAAGCCCGUGGACGGCUCAGUCAAACUGGCCGGCGUGAUCACCGGCAUCCUCAUGUUCAUCAUCAUCCUCCUGGGCGUGGUCCUCACCUUCAAACGCAGAAGACAUGCUUAUUCCUACUCUUAUUACCUGAAGCUGGCCAAGAAGCACAAGGAGACAGCCAGCAGCUCCACCCAGCAGAGGGAGAUGGGCCCCGUCACCACGGCUGAUAAGAGCACCACCAAAGUCAGCACGCUGCACAAAGACGACCCCUUCUCCACCUCCAGCCAGGACCUCAACGGCUUCACCUCCCCCUCCUCCUGCUCCUUCUCCAUGCAAGGAAGCAAGACGUUGCAGAGCAAAUCCCUACUCAAUUCCUACUACUCAGUGUCCAAAGAGCCCGUCCCUGCCACCACAUCCCUGGACAGCAGCCAGCCCUCGCUCGCCCAGCCCUCGCUGACGCUGCAGAGCUUCCCCUACGGCGGCCGGGAGUCCGUGGAACUUGCCUACCAGAGUGGUCAGUUUCAGGCGGGUCAGUUUCAACCAGCAAUACGAGUUGCAGACCUCCUGCAACACAUCACUCAGAUGAAAUGUGGUCAAGGAUACGGAUUCAAGGAGGAGUACGAGGCGUUGGCGGAGGGACAGACGGCGCCCUGGGAAAGUGCCAAGAAGGAUGAGAACCGCAACAAGAAUCGCUACGGCAACAUCAUCGCUUACGACCACACAAGAGUGCGACUGCAGCUGCUCGACGGAGAGCCCCACUCAGACUACAUCAAUGCCAACUUUAUUGACGGGUACCACAGACCCAGACAUUACAUCGCCACACAAGGUCCCAUGCAGGAAACUGUGAGGGAUUUUUGGAGGAUGGUGUGGCAGGAGAACUCGGCCUCUAUCGUCAUGGUUACCAACCUAGUGGAGGUGGGCAGGGUGAAGUGUGUGCGCUACUGGCCCGACGAGACCGAGCUUUAUGGCGACAUCAAGGUCACAUUGGUGGAGACGGAGCCGCUGGCCGAAUACGUAAUUCGAACCUUCACCGUCCAAAAGAAGGGUCACCAUGAACUCCGAGAACUGCGACAGUUCCACUUCACUAGCUGGCCCGACCACGGCGUGCCCUGUUACGCCACCGGACUGCUGGGCUUCAUACGCCAGGUCAAGUUCCUCAACCCGCCUGAUGCCGGGCCCAUUGUUGCUCACUGCAGCGCCGGUGCGGGUCGGACAGGCUGCUUCAUCGCCGUGGACAUCAUGCUGGACAUGGCGGAGAACGAAGGCGUGGUGGACAUUUUUAACUGCAUCCGUGAGCUGAGGUCCCAGCGGGUGAACAUGGUGCAGACAGAGGAACAGUACGUCUUUGUCCACGAUGCCAUCUUGGAGGCGUGUCUGUGCGGCAACACAGCUAUCCCCGUGUGUGACUUCCGAGCCAUCUACUACAACAUCAGCAGACUGGACCCUCAGACCAACUCCAGCCAGAUCAAAGAUGAGUUCCAGACCCUAAAUAUAGUGACCCCCCGAGUGCGACCAGAGGACUGCAGUGUCGGUUUACUACCUAGGAACCACGACAAGAAUCGCAGCAUGGACGUUCUCUCUGCGGAUCGCUGCCUGCCUUUCCUCAUUUCUGUGGACGGCGAAAGCUCCAACUACAUCAACGCCGCUUUGAUGGAUAGCCACAAACAGCCAGCGGCGUUCAUCGUUACCCAACAUCCUUUGCCAAACACCAUGGGCGACUUCUGGAGGCUGGUGUUUGACUACAACUGCUCGUCCAUCGUAAUGCUCAACGAAAUGGACGCUACACAGUUGUGUAUGCAGUACUGGCCGGAGAAAAGCUCGUGUUGUUAUGGUCCCAUUCAGGUGGAAUUCAUCUCGGCAGACAUCGACGAUGACAUCAUCAAUCGCAUCUUCAGGAUCUGCAACAUGGCCAGGCCUCAGGACGGCUAUCGCCUGGUGCAGCACUUCCAGUUCAUUGGUUGGCCGGCCUACAGGGACACUCCCCUGUCCAAGCGCUCCAUCUUGCAGCUGGUCAGGCGGCUGGCCAAGUGGCAGGAGCAGUAUGAUGGCGGAGACGGGAGAACAGUGGUGCACUGCCUCACCGGCGGUGGGCGUUCUGGAACGUUCUGUGCCAUGUGCAGCAUCAACGAGAUGAUCCAGCAGCAGAACAUCGUAGACGUGUUUCACACCGUCAAAACGCUGAGGAACAACAAGACCAACAUGGUGGAGACAAUGGAACAAUACAAGUUCUGCUAUGAGGUCGCCUUGGAGGCGCUCAGCUCCUUCUGAUCGGCCAUCAAUGGAACACAUGGACGCACAACGAAACACACGGCUUUGUGUUGACGGACACCACGACCUGUCAGAAUAUGCGUGCAUGUGUGUGUGUGUGCGUGCUUAAAGAACAGUCCUCACACAGACGUGUGCUUUUACUGCGACAGGCGUUGGCUUCUGUCACAUUGAAGGACUUACUGUACAAAGGAAGAGAAGAAGAAGAAAAUGUUUAUGAAAGCUUUUUCCAGCUUUGUGUGGCUGCAGGCUGUGAUGUGAUUAAUGUACAGUAUUUGACUUUUUAGAAUAUUCUACGCCUUGAAUGUUGUCUCCCUCUCCAUGCUGGAUGCACACUUGCACACACACACACGCACGUGGCCUUGGCUCCGCCCCCCCUGCCAGCGUCACUCACCUGGCAGGGAGGAGUCACGUGCAACAGCAAACAAGCCCCGCCUUUUUUAAACCUGAGUAUCUUUGUUGGGUCAGGCGGGAUGAGGAAGGAAGGUUCUUGUCACAGAGAGGCUGUAGUUAACUUAGUUUCUGUGUUCCUACCCCACCGGGGACAAAGGUUAACGGUGACACACCACUUUUUGGGCACCCUGCUUUUGCGGGGUACCGAGCACUUGAUUGGAAGACAAGAAUGUUUCCUCCGUUGUUACCCGAGCAAACGUGACGGUGUAAUGCAGUGGUUCUUAACUUGGCUUCGAUCAAACCCUAGGGGUUCGGUGAGUCGGCCUCAGGGGUUCGGUGGAGGUCAAAACACACCCGACUCAUCGUGUCAAUAAAAAGUUCUACCUAUCGGCGUAUUACGGAUACGGCAACAGCAGCAGUCACACGGAUUUGCAGUUGUGUAAUUUGUUGUGAGUUUAUGCACUGUGUCAGUUUUGUUCUUUGAACAAGGUGAUGUUUAUGCACGGUUCAUUUUAUUCACCAGUAAAAAAACAUGGUAACACUUUAGUAUGGGGGACAUAUUCACCAUUAAUUAGUUGCUUAUUAACAUGCAAAUCAGUAACAAAUUGGCUCUGAAUUAGUCAUUAUUAAGUACUUAUUAAUGCCUCAUUAUAACCCUAACCCUCUCACCCUGGCCCUAAGCCUCUAAACCAGGGGUAGGGAACCUAUGGCUCUCGAGCCAGAUGUGGCUCUUUUGAUGACUGCAUCUGGCUCUCAGAUAAAUCUUAGCUGACAAUGCAAAACAAGUAAUGAAUAAUUCCACUGGUAAUCACAGUUUUGAUUGAUUGAGUGAUUGAAACUUUUAUUAGUAGAUUACACAGUAAGUACAUAUUCCGUACAAUUGACCACUAAAUGGUAACACCCCAAUAAGUUUUUCAACUUGUUUAAGUCGGGGUCCACGUAAAUCAAUUCAUGGUACGUGUUAAAAACAACGUUGAAAAUAUAAAACAUUCUCAUACAUUUUAAUCCGACCAUGCGUUUCUUACCCCACCAGUUCAAGAUGUCGCAUUAAGAAGUAUGUUGUAUUUAUUAUUGGUUAGCUUCAGAAAAACAACCAUCCAUCCAUCGUCUACCGUUUAUUCCCUUUGGGGUCGCGGGGGGCGAAGAUGCCUAUCUCAGCUACAAUCGGGCGAUAGGCUGGGUACACCCUGGACAAGUCGAGCUUCAGAAAAACAAUGUUAUUAAAAAGAAUAAGGGACUUAUUAUACUCUAAAUAUGUUGGUCUUACUUAAAAAUAGUUGUAUUCAGGGUUAAAAAAUAUUAAAUGGCUCUCACAGAAAUACAUUUGAAAAUAUUGGGCUUUCAUGGCUCUCUCCGCCAAAAAGGUUCCCGACCCCUGCUCUAACCCUAACACUAACCUUAACCAUAUAACUCUAAAUUAACUCUUUGUUACUUAGAAUAUGUUCCCCUAGUGUCCAAAAACCUCUAAAUUAAGUAUUUGUUACUUAGAAUAUGUUCUCCAUUCUAAAGUGUUACCAAAAACCCAUAACUUUGUCUUGAAUUAAAAAAAAAAAAAACUUUUAUUUUUCACUAAGAAGGGUUCAGUGAAUGCGCAUAUGAAACUUAACGGGGUUGGGUACCUCCAACAAGGUUAAGAACCACUGGUGUAAUGGGAUGACAAUGUUGAGAGCGCAGGUUUGAACGUUGUUGCACAUGUUGUGGAUGGAUGAGUGGCCCUGCUGGUGUGCAUCCAUCCUCGCUGUAAAUAAAACAACCACAGUCAAACAUUUUGUUUGUCUUGUUGCAUUUCCUCCAUUUUGUCCCAGCGUUGUAGUAUUUUUUUUUUCUUUCAUUUGACCGCAUUCAGCUCUGCUUGCACCUGCAUGGGAAAAUACGCCAAAUGGGAGAAUUGACUGUUUAAUGUUGGUCCAAGCAAACGUCUCGUCACAGAAUGACAGCAAACAUCCUCUCUAAGUUGUCUGCAUUAAACUUUUUAUUUAUUGUUUUGUUUUUUUUCAUUCUCUAAAUGCAUCUUAUUUAUUUUUUUUUUUUAAUGUUAGUAGCAAAGUGUUCUUAUGUUGUUUAGUUGGAGUCCGGUCAGGCUGGCUGGUGAAAUCAGUCGAGCUGCUUUUAAAUUGUUGUUUUUUUUUUGUCUUGAAUUUGUACAUUUGAUUUGUAUAAUUAAAAGAUGAUUCCUUCAGCAAAGUGUUUAGAUUGAUAUUGGUUGUUUAGUUGUUUGAAAUGUGGUUAUUAUAAAAUAAAGGGACCAAAAUGCUAAACGUUUGAUCUUCUCAUUAAAGCUGUAAUAUAAGAUGACCCUCUUAUUUGGGGUACAAAUAAAAGAUGUCCAAAAUCCA